CUUUCUUCUCAAGAAAAAGAAAACAAAACGUUUGUUUGCCCUUCCGUUCCGACUACGUCUCUUCCCGAGGACUCGGCUUCGUUUCCGGCGGCGACGGCUGGGCGAGCGGCGGCGCCCUCUUCACUGCGACCUUCGCCGCGACGAGUCUGCUCCCGUGGGAAGUCACCAUGUCUUCAUCGAUGCAAUCUUCAUACCUUCCUGCUACCACUGAGUCCAUAGCAAAGGCUCAGGAGGCCAAGGACGCUUCUGAGUCCAUCUCAAUCCUCUACCGUGUGCUUGAGGAUCCGUCUUCAUCUGCGGAUGCAUUGAGAGUAAAAGAGCUUGCCAUUACGAAUCUCACAAGCUACCUCACAAAAGAGAACAGAGCUGAGGAUCUCAGGAACCUUUUGACCCAGCUCAGGCCCUUUUUUGCAUUGAUCCCCAAGGCAAAGACCGCAAAGAUUGUGCGUGGCAUCAUUGAUGCCGUUGCCAAGAUACCUGGAACAUCUGAGCUUCAGAUCUCACUGUGCAAGGAGAUGGUUGAAUGGACCCGUGCGGAGAAGAGGACCUUCCUCAGGCAGCGAGUGGAAGCAAGGCUGGCAGCACUUCUGUUAGAGAAUCAGGAGUAUACUGAGGCCCUUACACUCCUUUCUGGACUCAUCAAGGAAGUCAGGAGGCUGGAUGACAAGUUACUUCUUGUGGACAUUGACCUUCUGGAGAGCAAGCUACAUUUCUCUCUGAGAAACCUUCCAAAGGCAAAGGCUUCUCUGACUGCUGCAAGAACUGCAGCCAAUGCCAUUUAUGUGCCACCGUCUCAGCAGGGCACAAUUGAUCUGCAGAGUGGGAUCCUUCAUGCUGAAGAGAAGGAUUACAAGACUGCUUACAGCUACUUCUUCGAAGCAUUUGAAGCUUUUAGUUCACUGGAAGAUCCUAAGGCCAUCUUCAGCUUGAAGUACAUGCUUCUGUGCAAGAUAAUGGUCAACCAAGCUGAUGAUGUUGCAGGAAUCAUCUCAUCGAAGGCUGGCCUGAAGUACCUGGGUCCUGAUGUUGAUGCUAUGAAAGCUGUGGCCGAUGCCUACUCCAAAAGGUCUCUGAAGUACUUUGAAACUGCUCUUCGUGAUUACAAAGCUCAGCUGGAAGAAGAUCCUAUUGUCCACAGGCACCUUUCUUCACUGUAUGAUACUCUCCUGGAGCAGAACCUCUGCAGGUUGAUUGAGCCCUACUCAAGGGUGGAGAUUGCCCACAUAGCAGAGAUGAUUGAGCUGCCAAUCAACCAUGUUGAGAAGAAACUGUCCCAGAUGAUCCUUGACAAGAAAUUCGCAGGGACACUAGAUCAAGGUGCUGGCUGCCUCAUCAUCUUUGAGGACAGCAAGACUGAGGAGAUCUUCCCUGCCACGCUUGAAACGAUCACGAAUGUCGGGAAGGUUGUGGACAGCCUGUACAUGAGAUCGGCCAAGAUCAUGGCCUGAAAAAUGCAGUGGAAGGCCUAGGUGUUGUCAACUUCUUUUCACGGUCUACUGUCAGUCCAGUUGACCAUACUUGAGCUCUCCAAGUGUCAUCUUAUUCUGGAGUUUUUCUUUUUCUUUUUCGGGUGGCAGACUGUUUGGGUUACAAUUAGCCAUGUUGCUCAUGGAUACUCUUGUUUCGGAUGAUGGAAGUACUGUUUAACGCUAUUUUAUUUUUCCUACUUUAUGUUAUUUUCACUGGCGUGAAAAUCCAGGUUAGCUACCUCUGCACCUGUUGUGAACAGGUAACAUGUUAGCCAUUUGUUAGAUGUCGUAUAAUCAGUGUUUGUCUAAUA